GGACCCACCCCCGCCACCUGGCCAACUCACCUAGGGUUUUUGGGGCGAUCUGGUUCUUUUGGUUGUGCUUGGGCAGCUCCGGUGAUCAUUCCUCUGUAUCAAGUCAUCGGGAUUUCGUGUUGGAUUUCGAUUUGGCGGAGUUUGGUUUAGGCGCGUCAUCGGCUUUCCUCCUUCCUUUCAGCAAAUGAAUCACUAGGUGUGUUGCCCUGGUACAGUGUACUUUAAAGGGAAGUGGGGCACAGGUCCAGCUACUAUUUCAAGGAGUCCAGGCUGCACUAUUUUGCUGGGUUUUGUUUGGUGUUCUGUGGAGAUAUCCUCUCUGCGGCUUGCAUGAGGUCCAUUUUUCCAUCCUUUAUGGUUCAUCAUUCCUGUUGAGGUUUCUGUUUGGAGACAGAGAUGCCAAAGAGUGGGAAUCUUAAUCAGAACAUUAGUACUUUGAGUGUGAGCCCACAGCAGUUUCUUCGCCGUCUGGGAAGUAGGUGUUCUCAAGUAGCAACAGGGCAGCAGUCAUCCCCAGCUGUCUUUCCAGAAAGGCGUAGUAAGCUUAAAGCUUUGAGGCAAAGUGAGGCCAUUGUUGCAAAUGGCGAUCCAGAAAAAGUGAAGACACAAGAGCACAGGAUUGACAUCGGAGAUGAGAAGUCUGAUUUAUUGGGAUAUGUUGUGUUUUCUGGGAAGCUAGUUUUGGAUAAAAGGAUGAUCAACUCAAGUUCUGAUGUGCAAACAUCGACUGAAAUUACAGAAAAGGAUGUUUUUGAUGCCAAACUUACAAGCAAAGCAUUAGUUUGGGGAUCUAAUAUGCUAUGUGUGGAGGAUGUAAUUUCUGUAACAUAUAAUACAGGUGUCAGACAUUUUACUGUACAUGCAUUCCCAAUAAGAAAGAGAUCGUAUGGACUUUCUUGUUUUAUGAAGCCUCAGAGAAGUCGAAAGGACUUCCGCUUCCUAGCUUCUAGUUCAGAGGAAGCUCUUCAAUGGGUUAGUGGGUUGGCGGACCAGCAGUGCUUUGUGAAUUGUUUACCACAUCCCUUAGUUUCUUCCAAGAAGCAGGCUUCUAACAUGGUUGCAAGUGAUUUUCCUCCUGAAACAAAUAUCAAAUGUAAAAGUCCUCCAAAAGUGCUUGUGAUUCUAAAUCCACGUUCUGGACGUGGUUGUUCUAGUAAAGUUUUCCAUGGCAAAGUGGAACCAGUAUUUAAGCUUGCAGGAUUCAAAAUGGAGAUAGUCAAAACAACAUAUGCUGGUCAUGCCAGACAUCUUGCCUUGACCAUUGACUUCAGAACAUGCCCUGAUGGAAUCAUAUGUGUUGGUGGUGAUGGAAUUGUGAAUGAGGUUCUUAACGGUCUGCUUAGUAGAAGCAACCAGAAAGAAGCAAUUUCAAUUCCGAUUGGAAUCAUUCCGGCUGGUUCUGAUAAUUCACUAGUUUGGACUGUUUUGGGUGUUCGAGAUCCUGUUUCUUCUGCGAUAGCAAUUGUGAAGGGUGGUCUGACAGCCACUGAUGUAUUUGCUGUUGAGUGGAUACAGACUGGUGCCAUUCACUUUGGGAUGACAGUCUCAUACUAUGGUUUUGUGAGUGAUGUGCUUGAACUCUCUGAGAAAUAUCAGAAGCGAUUUGGUCCUCUUCGCUAUUUUGUGGCAGGUUUCCUCAAGUUCUUAUGCUUACCAAAGUACAGCUUUGAAGUGGAAUAUCUUCCUGCAGCAAAAGAGGCAUCUGACCCAGAUGGAAAAGUUUCAGCUGGUCAGGAUACAGUUGAUAUGUCUGACCUGUACCCAGACAUUAUGAGGAGAUCAAAUGCAGAAGGGAUUCCCAGAGCAUCCAGUCUAUCAAGUAUUGAUUCGCUAAUGACCCCUAGUCGAAUGUCUGGAGACUUGGACACACCUUGCAGCACACAUGCCAGCACUGAACCAUCUGAAUAUGUCCGUGGCCUUGAUCCAAAAUCAAAGCGACUAUCGUCUGGGAGAAGUAAUGCAACAGCAGAACCGGAGGUUCUUCACCCGCAACUUCCACUGUCAGCAACUCCUAACCGGCCGAGAACAAGGUCAAAGUCAAGGGCAGAUAAAGGAUGGAUUGGAUUGACUGCAACCCAUGAUCCCACUCGAUGUUCCUGGGGGAAUCCAUCGACCAAUGACAAGGAGGAUAUUUCAUCAACAAUGUCUGAUCCUGGUCCCAUAUGGGAUACUGAACCAAAGUGGGAUACUGAGCCCAGCUGGGAUGUAGAGAACCCCAUUGAGCUUCUUGGGCCAUCAGGUGAUGUUGAACCAGGAAUCAAGAAGGAAAUCGCCCCAAAAUAUGAAGAUAAGUGGGUUCUUAAAAAGGGCCAAUUCCUUGGUGUUUUGGUAUGCAACCAUGCGUGCAAGACUGUUCAGACUGUACAAGUGGUCGCACCAAAAGCAGAGCAUGAUGAUAAAACCUUGGACUUACUGUUGGUUCAUGGGAGUGGACGUCUGAGGCUACUGAGAUUUUUCUUGCAUUUGCAGUUAGGUCGACACCUUUCAUUGCCAUAUAUAGAGUAUGUCAAGGUGAAGUCAGUGAAGAUUAAGCCUGGUAAGAACACUCACAAUGGUUGUGGCAUUGAUGGUGAACUUCUGUCAGUCAAUGGACAGGUUGUCUCUUCUUUAUUUCCUGAACAAUGCAGACUUAUUGGUCAUCCCCCAAGAAUUCGCAUAUAAAGUCCGACAACUGAUUUAUGGAUGAUUUCUCAACUUUGUAUGUUUGCCAUUGUAAGCUCUGAUUUCACUUCUAGCAACAAUACAGUGUGUUGUGGAAUAUUCAGAGCAUACGCACGCAGCACAUCUUUUUUCCAGCCAAUUUGUUCUAUUUCCUGUUGAGCCUUCUCUACUAUGGGUGUUUGAGGUCACAGUAAGUUUACAAGCAAUCACAGUACUGUUACAAAAAGCUGGAAUAUAAAAGAUCGAAGAGAAAAUAUAAUUAUUGGCAGAAGUGAGCAGCAAGACAUUUUACUGCUCUGAGCAGAGGUGCCGUUUGUCGAUUUGGUUUUUAAUAAAGGACGUCCUUUGUUUGGUACUGUGACCUGCAGGCGUGAGCCAAGAUCUCUCUGAUGUCAAGACUUUUGAAUAAUUCAAAAACUUGGAAGAUCAAACCAUCGUGAUCUCAAUUGUAUGAGCACAUGUAUGAGAUCAGAGGAAGUCAAUUCUGCAACUAAGUCUAUCUAAAUAAAAACAUAAAAAUAUAAGAAACUAGAAAAGGAUUUCCUGCAUGCUCAUCGUAGGAACCUUUCCCAUGCACCUAUUUUUUUGGCCACUUGGACAAGAUAAUAUGGCAUUUU